UUUUGUUCAAGUAAAGUCAUAUUGUGCUCCUUGAAACAACCACACUGUCUUUUUCCAGAGCAGCCUGUAUUUCUCUUCAGGUUACCUGUGGGUUUUCUUUGUAUCCCGAACAAUUUUUCUGGCAGUUGUGGCUGCAAUCUUUCUUGGUCUACCUGACCAUGGCUAAGUAUCAAGAGAUCCCUGAAUUUCUACUUCUUAAUAAGCGAUUGAACAGUAUUGAUUGGCAUAUUCAUGGCUUUAGAUAUUUUUUUUAUAUCCUUUUCCAUGGUUAUAAAGUUACCAUGUUACUCAGGUCUUUUGACAGUUUUUUUCUGCUCCCC